AGUUCUAUUUUAAGUGUGUUAAUCGGUCUUUGAGCAAUGCGACUGUGGCAGCUGUAGCCUUAACCAGUCCAAAUCCCCCCACUCUACUCCACUCCACCUCACCUCCUCCCAUCUGAUUGCUACGUGGAGUGGACUGGUUGUUUGAGACAGACGGCACAGAAUCGGCGUGUGUGCAACAGCACGCCUCCAACACGACCACAUCAGUCCAGGCCCGGGCUUGCUCUACCUCGGCACGGUAAUCCUGCUCAGGGUUUCUCCAGACAGAAAGGGAUCCGUUACUGUAUCGUAGAGACGUUUGCAUCGAGGGAGCAUGGCAGAAGCGGACUUACAAACCUUUACCUCUAUCAUGGACGCGCUGUUUCGCAUUAGUUCCAACAUGAAGAGCAUGGAACAGGAGCUGCAUUGCCCAGUGUGUGAUGAGAUGGUGAAGCAGCCCAUCCUCUUGCCCUGCCAGCACAGUGUGUGUCUGCUUUGUGCAGCUGAGGUGUUGGUACAAAGAGGCUAUCCUCCUCCAGACCUCCCUCCAGAGCCUUACUCACCAUCCUCCACGCCCAGCACUCGCUCCCCACGACAGACACGCAGACCCGCACCCAGGACGCCUGAUCGCCUAGAGCGGGUCCUUAGAACAGUGUGUGGGACAUACCCGGGGCGACGGCGGAAGGAGACCCAUCCCCCCAUGCUGUUUCCCUGUCCUUCCUGUCAGCAGGAUGUGGAGCUCGGAGAAAAAGGCCUGACAGACUGCCUUCGCAACCUCACUCUGGAGCGCAUUGUGGAGAGGUACAGGCACACAGUAAGUCUGGGCAGCGUAGCCAUCAUGUGCAGUUUCUGUAAGCCUCCUCAGUCUCUGGAGGCCACCAAGGGCUGUGCUGACUGCAAGUCCAACUUUUGCAAUGAGUGUUUCAAACUCUACCACCCUUGGGGAACCCCUCGAGCUCAGCACGAACACAUUCUACCUACCAACAACUUCAGGCCAAAGGUUUUAACCUGCACAGAGCAUGAGCAGGAGAGACUGCAGUGGUACUGCCGUACCUGCCAGAGGUUGCUGUGCCCACUUUGUAAGCUACGUCGUGUCCACCAUGGGCACAAAGUUUUGCCUAUAGCACAGGCCUACCAGGCACUCAAGGACAAGAUUACCAAGGAAGUCAACUUCAUUUUGGCAAACCAGGAGACAAUACAGAGUCAGAUCACUCAACUGGAAGCUGCCAUCAAACACAUGGAGGCCAACAGUGCAGUGGCUCUACAGCACUUGACUCACUGUAUCCAAGAGCUGGGAGCAGCUGUGGCUGAGCGCCAGGGGUCUUUGACCUUGGGCCUGGAGGGAUCCCGUAGCAGAAAGGAGGAGGCCCUGUCCACUCAGGUCUUUGAGAAGCAAGGCCUGCUGGAGCAGGCAGGUCUGAUGACCUACACUCAGGAGCUGCUCAAAGAGACGGAUCCACCCUGCUUUGUGCAGGCUGCAAGAAUAACACACAACAGGCUGGUGAAGGCUAUAGAAAAUCUCCAGUGUUUCUCUCUUGCUGCUGAUCCCUCCUUCAGACACUUUCACCUGGAUGCAUCCAAAGAGAUAAAGAUCAUAAACAGUUUGGACUUCAUACAAGCCCCACUGGCUCCAGUCAUUGACACUCAGAAGACAUUAGCUUACGACCAGCUGUUUUUAUGCUGGCGGCUCCCUCAGGACUCGGCUCCAGCGUGGCACUUUUCUGUUGAAUACCAGCGACGAGCAGGAGGAGCUGCAGCUAUGUGGGGUGGCAUCAGAUCCCCUAAUUCUGCCACAGCAUGGCAGCGCCUAGAUGAAGUGAAGGGGACUAGUGCUGUGGUUGAUCGACUGCAGAUGGAUAGCGUGUAUGUGUUGAGAGUGAGAGGCUGCAACAAGGCUGGCUUUGGAGAGUACAGUGAAGAGGUUUACCUCCACACUCCACCGGCACCUGUCUUGAGUUUUUCCUUGGACUCUCGCUGGGGCUUGCAUGCUGACCGGUUGGCACUGGGUAAAGGCCAAACCUACGCCCGCAGUGUGCCAGGUCUGUCUCUUCUGCAGGCUGCCGACCGCACACUCACAUCUUGCCACUUGACUUCUGACCUACUCGUGGCAGACUUGUCUGUCACUCAAGGCAGACAUUACUGGGCAUGCUCUGUAGAGCCUAGUUCCUACCUGGUAAAGAUAGGAGUUGGGCAGGAAGCUAAGCUACAGGAGUGGUUCCAUCUCCCUCAGGACAUGGCCAGCCCGCGCUGUGAUCCAGACAGCGGCCAUGACAGCGGGGCAGAGGAUGGCCAGGACUCCCCUACCUUCUGCUUCCUCACUAUGGGCAUGGGCAAAAUCCUGCUUCCUCAAGGACAUGGCCAAACUCAGAGCCAGGGCGACAGCCAGAGCCAGGGAGCAAUGCACUCCCACAGUAGCAGCCAUAGUAGCAUGCCUCACCCUCACACUGCUCCUCUGCCACCACGACUAGGAGUGUGUCUGGAUUGCGACAAAGGACGAGUCACCUUCUACGAUGCCCACUCUUUGCGUAUGCUAUGGGAGGGACAUGUGGAUUGCUCUGCUCCGGUGUGUCCGGCAUUUUGUUUCAUUGGUGGCGGAGCCCUGCAGCUGCAGGACCUUGUGGCCAACCGGAGCAUUGAGGAGCCACCACCACGGAGAGUAACCAUCCAGACAAGGGCAACGAAUCUAAGUAAAUGAACAGCUUGUGGAAACAGUUCACUCAGAGAUCAAACCUUGUGAAAUGAUCCUGAUCAGACUUUGCUUUCUGACUGAACUGUCACCGGCUGUAGUUUCCCCUUCAGUGUGAUGUUUGAGAUCUGAAUAUAAAUAUCUGAUGUUUUUUUGCAGUUGCACUUGGCCUGAAAUGAUCACAAUUCUCUUUUGGCUUUUUAUUUUUAAUUAACAAAAAUUGCUUUGCAAUGCUACUAAGAACAUUGUGGCCAAAGUGGUUUUAGACUAUGCAGAAUUCUGUUCACAGGGUCUCUUCAACAAUCUGUGUGCAACACAACAACAAAAAAAAUCUGCUGUCCCUUUACUUUUGGCUGACUUUCUCCCAGAAUGAUUGGACAACAUAAGUUGCAUGCAGGUGUAACUAGGAUUCAUAACUUGCAUAUAUGCAGAUAACCGACUGUCACCUUGUGAAAACUCAGAUGUACUGUAUGCUUCAUUCUUUUUUUAAUCUUAAAAUUUUAUGUAGCUCCAGCAAUGUGAAUAUAAACCAGAAUUAGAGAAUGUGAAUUUUCUUCGGUAGUCGAAUAAACCACUUCAGUUUUAGUUUUAUAUAGUCGCUGUUUUGCAUUUCAGAAGAACUGUGUGGCUUUUUGGCUGCGUAAACAUGCUCACAGUUGCCUAUGCUUUUUUUUUUUUUUGUUUUGUUUUUGCCGAUUAUAACACAAAUCAAAGAAACCUUCUGAACAAAUGCUCUUCUCAUUAUACUGGUUGACAUAACCAUGUGAAUACAUUUCAGUGUGUCACAUUUUGGAAAGUUAAAAAUGUUGAUGGCCUGCCUGUCUUGUGUUUAUGGUGUUUGAGUGAUUUACACAUACUUGUUAAUGAUCUGGUAAAGGAAUUGGAUUACUGAGAAGGUGACACCCCCCAUUCCUUUUAUAACCUACAAUAGUAGAUAAGUUACUUAUUUCCUGUUAUAUAUAUAAUUUCAAUGCAAAGAGUUUACAUUGUAGUAUUUUCAAAAUGACAGGCUCAGACUGUAUUUUGAUAUGAUUUCCUUGUGGGUACGUGUGGGUGUGUGAGCUCUGGCUGUGACCUUUACCCUUUCUGUGGUAUGUAUGUGUCUAUCCCGUCCUGUCCUGUCUUAGACGUGUCUAUACCCCCUACUCGUGUUCCAGCACAGCACUUGAAUGACUUUAGACUGUAGCAUCUCAGAAAUCAGAGUCCUCCUGAUUUAGACUUUGCCUUGCUGGCAGAAUGUUUCUAUCAUGUCAAGAGAAAAACAAUAAAAGU